AUGGGUGUAGCAGGUGAUGGGGAUGAAGGCAUGCGCUUACCUAGACCUCCCUCAGUGCCAAUGCCAAACUCCACUGCUGUGACUGAGUUCCUCCUGGAAGGGUUCUCCAGCUUUGGGUGGCAGCACCGGCUUGUCUUCUUUGCUGUCUUUCUAACUCUGUACCUACUGACUCUCUGUGGCAAUGUCAUCAUCGUGACUAUUAUUCAUCUGGACCAUCACCUCCACACCCCCAUGUACUUCUUCCUGAGCAUGCUGUCCUUCUCUGAGACUUGCUACACCAUGGCCAUCAUUCCCCGUAUGCUUUCUGGCCUCCUGAAUCCCCACCAGCCCAUUGCUGUCCAAGGCUGUGCCACUCAGCUCUUCUUCUAUCUCACCUUUGGCAUCAACAACUGCUUCCUGCUCACGGCCAUGGGCUAUGACCGCUACGUGGCCAUCUGCAACCCCCUGCGGUACUCAGUCAUCAUGAGUAAAGAGACCUGUGUCCAGCUGGCAUAUGGAUCACUGGGAAUUGGCUUGAGCAUGGCCAUCAUCCAGGUAACAUCUGUGUUUGGCCUGCCCUUCUGUGAUGCAUUUGUCAUCUCUCACUUCUUCUGUGACGUGAGACCCCUGCUGAAGCUGGCCUGCACGGACACCACUGUCAACGAGAUCAUCAACUUUGUUGUCAGUGUCUGUGUCCUGGUUCUACCCAUGGGCCUGGUCUUCAUCUCCUAUGUCCUCAUCAUCUCCACCAUCCUUAAGAUCACUUCAGCUGAGGGCCGGAAGAAGGCUUUUGCCACCUGCGCCUCCCACCUCACCGUGGUCAUCAUCCACUAUGGCUGCGCUUCCAUCAUCUACCUUAAGCCCAAGUCCCAGAGUUCUCUGGGGCAGGACAGAUUCCUCUCUGUGACCUACACAGUCAUCACCCCCUUGCUGAACCCCGUUGUGUACAGCCUGCGGAACAAAGAGGUCAAGGAUGCUCUGCACAGAGCCGUGGGGCGGAAUCUUUCCUCUUAA